AUGCAUGACAUAAGUCUAUCAAGCGAUCGUCCGAGCCGCCGCCAUUUUGGAGCGGUAUUGGCUCGUGAAGUAUGCCUCAAUACUGUGCAGCACUGGGAUGCGUCAAUAAGCGGACAGCGGACACAAAAACCAAGAGAAUUACAUUCCACAAAGAUCAGCUGUGCUUGCGCCGUCCAUGCAGCUGCCGUCGACUUCCCUCAGAGACUGGCGUCAAGACACCCGUGGACACACCCCUUUGACUAUCAGUCCUUCGCUAUCAAUAUCAUCAUCUACGAAUCUUUUAUCCUCGCUCAAAUUAAUGGGGAAAUUGUCGUUUUCUCGGUCCAAAGAGCUCUUGCUGCUGGAGGCUCCCAUUAUAAACAAUGUGAGGACGUGAGGAGCCCUCACCCUUGUGACGUCAUCGUCUGCGACUUCCGGUUUCCUAAAGAAAAAGAAUUGAGGAGGCAGUGGGAAGUGGCUGCGAGAAAAAAAGGUUUUUCCGCCACAAAGUCCUCCGUCCUGUGCAGUGAGCACUUUAAACCACAUGACAUUGAUGCUACCGGCCAGACUGUCAGAAUAAGAGAAGGUGCCAAACCAUCCGUCUUCAACUUCGAAUACCGUCUCCAAAAACAUGUGUUUACCAGGACUACUAAAACCUCCAAAAAGGCUCAAGAGAGAUUGAAAGUGGAGCUUGAAUGUUCAGGAAAUUUGCAACAAGCUAAACCACCAUCAUUACAUCCUCCUAGGGUAGAUCACUGCUACGCGCUGCCUGCAUCUCCUGCUGAUGUUAAGGCCAGACUGACUGAAGCCUUGGCGAGAGUGGAGAGUCUGGAGCACGAGUUGAGGAACGUUAAGGACAGACAACGGAGGUCCAAGAACACUGUGUUUUGUCUUCUGGAGCAUAUGAGGGGCAAAAACCCUAUUAAUGUAGAUCUCAAAGAGAAGCUGCAUUCAUAAUCAGGUGAAGUCACACUUAUAUAGUAGCUCACGACAUUGAGUACACCACCCCCCAUUACAGCAACCAUUGCAGUUAAAUCUUUUCAAGGUACAAUACCAUACAUCCAUCCAACCAUCCAUUUUCUACCGCUUGUCCCUUUUGUAGUCGCGGGGGGUGCUGGAGCCCAUCAGAGCUGCAUUCGGGCGAAAGGCGGCGUACACCUUGGACAAGUCGCCACCUUAUCGCAGGGCCAACACAGAUAGACAACAUUCACACUCACAUUCACACACUAGGACCAAUUUAGUGGUGCCAAUCAACCUAUCCCCAGCGCUGCAGUGCUAACUGCUAAAGCUGACAAAUACGGUGAAACCCUCGCUGAAGUCACUCGUUGCUUGGUAACAGACACUGCCUUUAAAAGGUACCACCUGAAUGCUUCUGUAUAUAUGUAUAUAGUAUAAUAUUUUUUUUUUCUACAAACAAGACGGUGAACAUAAAUCGUUCUCAGGACUGGACUGUGCACCUUACCUCCUUUUGCACUAUUUUUCUUUUUCUUUUCUUCCUAUGUUUUGCAUAUUUUGUAGACUGUCGCACUGAUACUGGAGUUGCUUAUUUCAUUGUACCUGUGUAUCGUGACAAUAAAAGGCAUUCUAUUCUAUUCUA